AUGAUCGACGACUCGAAAACAGUCUCGCACGACGAGACCUCAGUCGAGACAAAGUGUGAGCCGCCCCAAACGUCCUCCGCACCUCCCGACGAAAAUGCCGAGGCGUGGCAAACCAUGAGCGUCGUGUCCAAGUUCAAGUUCAUUUUCGAUCACUGCACCAUCGAGCCCAUGUUCGGGUGUUACAUCAUGACCAGCGUCCUAACGGGGCUGUGCACGCAGAACUUGAACUUGCAGAAAGCGUGCCGGGUGAACCUGAAGCUGCCCAACAGCACUUGUUCGGCGCUGGAUAACCGGAACUCGGACGACUACGCCAAGGAGGAGGUCAUGGUCCAGGAGCUGGUGACCGACAUGAUCAUAUGGAAAACGAUCGUGCAGAGCAGCAUACCGAUGGUGUUGAUCAUAUUCAUCGGGUCGUGGAGCGACCGGAACCACAAGCGUAAGCCGUGCAUGUUGGUGCCCAUCGUGGGCGAGCUGCUGACCAGCGUGGGGCUGCUCGUCUGUACUUAUUACUUUUACGAGCUGCCCGUGGAAGUGGUCGGCCUGGUCGAGUGCCUGCCUCCGGCCAUGACUGGUGGCUGGAUGACGAUGGUCAUGGCUAUAUUUAGCUAUAUAGGCGACGUAUCUUCGGUAAAAUACCGUACACUAAGGAUUGGAAUAGCGAACGUUUUUUACUCCGUUGCCGUUCCCAUCGGCACCGCAUUGUCGGGUGUAUUGUUCCGAGGACUCGGAUUUUACGGUGUGUACACCAUAGCUAUAGUGAUGUACGCAUUUACGAUUUCAUACGGCUGGAUAUUUAUCAAAGAACCAAAACCAGAGACAUGUUUAGAAAGCAAAGAACCACCUAAGUCCACGUCUUGUUUUUAUUUGAUCGAGGAUUUUUUUAGCCUGAGCAACAUCAAGGAGGCUAUUCGAGUAACGUUCAAGGAAGGACAGCACAACAGAAGGUUAAGGAUCAUUUCCUUGUUAGUGGUCGUCAUUGUCGUAAUGGGUCCUUUGUAUGGGGAAAUGUCAAUGAUGUACAUGUUUACACGAUUAAAAUUCAAUUGGAACGAAAUUGACUUCAGUUUGUUUUCCACAUACGCUAUGGUUACCAAUCUUAUAGGCACGAUGUUUUCAGUUGGUGUGUUCAGUCAUAAGUUGGGAAUCGACGAUGCCUUAAUUGGAGUAAUGUCGUGUAUGAGCAAAAUAUUAGCAGGAUUUGUUUAUGCGUUUGCCCCUACCGCUUUCAUAUUUUACUUAGCACCACUUGUGGAAAUCAUAAACGGUACAUCGUUUAUUGCUAUGAGAUCAAUUAUUUCCAAGCUCGUGCCGUCCGAUGAGUUAGGCAAAGUGAAUUCAAUAUUUGGCGUUUGCGAAGCUUUGGUACCAUUGAUUUAUGGACCGAUGUACAGUUCUGUGUACAAGCACACAUUGAAGACAUUUCCUGGAGCGUUUUUUUUACUCGGUGGUUUGUUAACGGCUCCAGCAGCGAUUAUAUUCCUAUGGAUGUACAACGAACAUCUAAAGGAACGGCGAGUAAAAGAGUCGACGGUCAAAAGCGGGGUAGAAAAUUCGGAAGAAACACUGCAAAAAGAGAAUAGUUUGGACAUCAGGUUAUCCUCACAAAACAUUGAUUAG